CUGACGUUACAGCUUUCAGUUAUUUACUUCAUAAAGGUGAGAUCGUAUCGUUAGGUGAACAUCAGAACAUUCUCCAAAUUAUUUCAUUAGGAUAUUGAUUGAUAAUUGUAAGAAUCACUGGGCGUAUAUUGCCAAGCCAGAUAUUACUCCAUCAAUUAAGUUUUGAAAAUUACAUUCGUGAAAAUGCUGGAGAAAAUUAAUUUGGGGAUGAGUUUGGAUGACAACCCAGCAGAUAGUGUUAAUGGGAUAGAUAUGUUAAAGGAUGAAAAGAAAAAAUGGUGGGAAUUUGAGACCGAAUUGAAAUGGAAAAAUAUCAUUAUACUCAGUGUCUUUCAUCUCAUGUCCCUCUAUUUCAUCAUCACCUUCAACUACAGGAAGGAAUUGUUCUUGACUUUUUGGAUAAUCGUCAUGGUUCAUUUGAGUGCAGUUGGAGUGACCGGUGGUGUUCACAGAUUGUGGUCGCAUCGAUCUUACAAAGCUAAAUUACCACUUCAAAUAAUUCUAGCUCUUCUGUACGCAUCGGCUGGAUUGAAUCGAAUCUACGAUUGGGUCCGGGACCACCGAAUCCACCACAAGUACUCGGAUACCGACGCUGAUCCCCACAAUAGCUCCAGAGGCUUGUGGUUUUCUCACGUGGGAUGGCUCAUGAUGAAAAAACACCCCGAAGUCGUCAGAAAAGGACGUGCUGUCGACAUGAGCGACAUAGAAACUAAUCCCGUUAUCACCUUUGUCGAUCGGCACUUCACUCUCUUCAAGAUAAUCUUCAGCUUAAUAAUCCCAGUCUUCAUCCCCGUCUAUCUAUUCAAUCAAAAUUUGAAAGCUACAAUAAUAGCCAUAUUCUUCAUAAAAAACACUAUCCUUCUGAAUGGCAUCUGGUCAAUCAACAGUAUUGCCCACAAUUUCGGCUAUCAGCCUUACGACAAAUCAAUAAAACCAUCCGACAAUUUCAUGGUGGGAUUAGUAAGUUUCGGCGAGGGCUGGCAUAACUAUCAUCACGUUUUUCCCUGGGACUACAGAGCUGCUGAAAUGGACGGUAUUUUAUUCAACUCGACAAAAAUCUGGCUCGAUCUAUUCGCUAAAAUCGGUUGGGUAUAUGACAUGAAAAAAGCAUCACCCGAGCUCAUACAAAAAGUCAAAGUGAACAAAGGCGACGGGUCUGUCAAGGCCCACAGAUUUACAGAAAUCAGCGACGAAAUUCAAAGAGAAUUUCAUUGACCAGAGAACGAAAUGUUAUUACUAAAAAAA